AUGCUGCGAGCGGCAGAAGAUGUGAACAUGCAGCAGGAAGACUUGGCCUCGCCAAAUGGAGACAUGAUCAGCUGGGACAUCAAUGACAUCAAGCUUCCUAAGGACGUGAAGCAAAUAGAUAGCUUUCAAGAGUGGCCAGACUGUUACGUAAAAUGCAUCUAUAGCAGUGAUGACAAAAAUGCUCAGCGGCACCUGAGCAGCUGGGCCAUGAGAAACACCAACAAUCACAACUCACGAAUCUUAAAGAAGUCCUGCCUUGGCGUGGUUGUCUGUAGCAACAAUUGCUCAACCCCUGAUGGGAGGAAGAUGUAUUUGAGACCAGCCAUAUGUGAUAAAGCCCGGCAAAAACAGCAAAGGAAAUCCUGUCCUAACUGUAAUGGGUCUUUGAAGCUUAUUCCUUGUCGAGGCCAUGGUGGGUAUCCUGUAACCAACUUCUGGAGACAUGAAGAACCAUUCAUAUUUUUUCAGUCCAAAGGUGCUCAUGAUCACCCAAGGCCAGAAACAAAGUUAGAAGCAGAAGCAAGAAGAUCAAUUCAAAAAGCACAUACAGCUGUUCCACCCACAUCUCCAAGAUUUAAACGGAGCAGAGAUAUUGAGUCCCUGACAGGUGAAAUGCAGAGCCAGGACACUUUACCACUGAUAAUUUCUGAACAGGAAGAAUUAUUGUCACAGGAUAAUUUCAGAGGAUCUUUCAGAGACAAAACCUCUGAAGAGCACGUGCUCGAUAAUUGUUUAUCACUCACUGAAGGCUAUGGUUUUGGGAAAGCCUCAUAUCUAAUACAGCAUGCUCAGGUCAUGGGCUAUGACAAACACAUGAACAAAUGUAAACAGGUCGGAAUGAGGGACUAUGACAGCAGAGACCCAACAGAACCCGUUGCCUCGGCCUAUUCUGAAUGCAGAGAGCAACAAAGCUGGGCCAAAAACAUGGAGCUAGGCAAAAAUCCACUGGCAGACAAACAUCACAAUGGUGCAACUACAUUUUUGGCAGGGCUGCAUUGUGAAACGCUAGGCUCCCUCAACGCAGUUGAUUUUGGCAUCUCAAACGCUCCUGAAAUCCCACCUAUAGUGAAGGUUGGCUACCACCCAUUAAGGUCUAAUGCAACUAUGUUUGAAGAGAUGUGUGAAGGAAAGCCACACCUGAAUUAUAACAACUGCAACAUUCCUGCCUCCUUCUGCCAGCUUUCCCCAGAAGAUCCCUACCUCAUUGCAGAUGCUGCCCAUCACUAUUACCAGAAUGCCUUGCCGAUGAAAGGGAAUGAAUGGCACAUUGAAGAUGAAAGGAAAUGUGUGAACCUGGAUCACUGCAACAAUGAGACAUUUUUUAAUCUCUUCCCAUUACGGUGA